AUGGCGAGCGGAACCGAGUUGCACGAUGCAAUGAAGUCAAUCCCUUCUACAUCGGAGGACGAGAAUCAAGACCAGAUCGGCUCAAAUGGGUCAACCCCUACGCCGACUGGAAUCGCUACACCGGAACCCGAUCCUGCGGACAAGCGUCUGCCUUCCAUAAUGCACAACUACUUCCAGGUUGGUUCUAUCUCCGGUGAUAAAGCGAGUUUGCCGCGCUUUUGGUCGUGCCUGUCGAAAUCCUCUGAGGACCCUCAAUCAAAUGCGCUCCCACACUCCGAUUCCUCCGAGUCCUUUGUCAUGAUGGAACAUGAAGAUGGGUCUGAUAAGAUGAUGGAAACUGUACCUGCUGGCCUGCCCACUCCUCCUCAUUCGCUGUUGCAACAUGACUCAGAUGAGAUGGAACUUGGGACGAGUCCAGGCACCUCAUCUAUCUUUAAUACCCUGAAGAGUUACCUCAUUCCACCCGCAACCCCCGAUGAUGCUUCCCGCCGUCAAACUUCCCUCCCAGUCUCCAGCAUUUCUGAUGACCCCGUCCUUGCCACCCACUUCUCCAAUCCCUCUCUCCCCUCAGAUGCAUUCUCCCUGACCGAAGCUCCCCUCCACGACCAUGAGAAGCCCCGUGUUUCAGUAUCUUCCGAGAACCUUGCCAAGCUAACUGGAAACGCGCCCGAUGGGUCGCGUCUUAAGAACACCCCGCCCCUCACCCCCAGGGCCAUGUCCAACGAGGUCCCAACCUCUCAGCCGAAGGAGGUCACACCAGUCACGCCAGCUGAGCCAGCUCCGCAAGAGCCCGAACCGGAAUCCACCACGGAAGACAUGGAAAGCUCCACCGAUGAGAUCACUAUGAAGCUUGACGAGGCAUUCCCCUCCCAGCCUGCGACAUCCUCAUCCCCUGCCAACGGUGCGCCCACAGGGCCAAUCAACGGUAAAUUGUUCGUGAAGAUCACCGAUGGUCGAGGAUUACGCCCCAGUUUUGACCCGUACGUGGUGUGCGUUUUUGAAUGGAAUGAGUACAUCUCCAAGGGUGCUCGUGAUGGUGAAGAGGAAACAAAGAGACGCCAGCAGGAGUCCGAUGCCGAAGAGGCUGCUGCCGGCCGACCGAUGGCCAUUCCCAUGAAAAGCCGACAGAGCAGUCACAACAGUGCUGUGGACGGUGACCACAUGGGCCGGACUCCUGUCACGGACCCCCACUGGGAUCACGAGGCAACCUUCGAUGUUAUGGGAGACCAGUCCGAGCUUGAUGUUACAGUUUACGACCGCAACAACCAAGAAGCUUUCCUGGGUCAUGUACGACUCUGCAUCAACCUGAAAGAAGACCACAGCCGCUUAGAAGGCUGGUUCCCUCUGGUCGCCCGCGGCGCUGGAGACAAUCAAUCCGACACCGACACCUCCAACUUCGACCCAGAGUUUACAAACGCGUUGGAGACCAACAAUUCGCUGAACCUCCGUGCAGCCGCCCUGGCCAACGGCCUCAUGCCCGGCUCUACCCCUCUUUCCCCCGGAAUGCAAGCCAACUUCAAGGGAUUCACCUUUGUCAACGAGAGUUCCAUCGACCACCACCUGAAAGACGACGAUUUGAGCGACCACAUGGAAGAAGACGCGAUGCAUGACCAUGCCGACGGGUACCGGCGCUCUCACCGGUCCGGUAACUCAGUCGACCAGCGCAUGACAGGCGUUCAGAAGACGCACGAUGGCACAGAGCCCGGAAUUUUCAAUGUUGACGAUACCUUUGACAUGUGA